AAGCAAAUUGUUAUUUGUUGGGGGCUGACCGUUGUCUCAUGCGAAGAGCAAAAAAGAGUGGAUGAAAAAAUGAAUUAAUCUCGUUGUGGUGUGUGAUAGUAGCAGAGUGACCACCCAAUCAAAAAGCAGCAUCAGAUUUCCGAUUUGGCGGUGACCAUUGAAACGCCACAGCCAUGUGAGUUUCAAACAAUCGACGCCCAACCAACCAACCAAACCUCUUCCCUCCUUUCCCAACUUUCCCAACUUUCCCAACUUUCCCAAAUGACCAAUUACUCUCUCCCUCACAUCUGCCAGUGCCUCACCCGCAUAGCCACCGCACCUCGACCUUCCCCACUCACCCUCGCCGCCAACAGACCUCAGACCGGCCAGCAGUUCGUCAACAGCGUCUUCGCGCUCGCCCGAGGCCUGCUUGAUCUCGGUCUCCUUCCGGGAGAUGUUGUUGUCAUUUCUGCUUUCAACAGUGAUUGGUACUUGGAGUGGUUGCUUGCGGUUGCAUUUGUUGGCGCCAUUGCUGCUCCUCUGAAUUACAGAUGGAGCUUCGAAGAGGCACUAUCUGCAAUGGUAGCCGUGCAGCCAGUGAUGUUGGUUAUCGAUGAGGGCGGCUGUCAAUGGUAUUCAAAGCUUCAAAACAAUCACAUACCUUCCUUGAGAUGGCAUGUCUUCAUUGGUUCCCAUCUACCGGGUUAUGACAAGACAAGGGGAGCAUUGACCUCUGAAGAACUGAAGAAGCAUUAUGUAAUAAACAUGCCUCCAAAUUUCCUCCAUGCACCUGAAGGUGUAGCUCUAAUAUGCUUUACUUCAGGAACAACUGGAAGGCCAAAGGGUGUCGCUAUCACACACUCGGCUCUGAUUGUACAGACCCUUGCAAAAGUUGCUAUUGUUGGUUAUAGUGAGGAUGAUGUUUAUUUACAUACUGCUCCUUUGUGUCACAUCGGUGGUUUGUCAUCAGCCAUUGCCAUGCUAAUGCUUGGAGCUCGCCAUAUAUUAAUUCCUAAGUUUGAGGUUAAGUCUGCUGUUGAAGCAAUAGAUCUAUAUGGUGUGACUUCUUUAAUCACUGUCCCAGCGAUGAUGGCUGAUUUAGUUUCUUUAAUCAGGGAAAGAGAUAAUGGCAAAACAAGAGAAAGUGUGAAGAAGAUAUUAAAUGGAGGUGGGGGGCUACCAUUAGAGCUAAUCAAAGAUGCCGUGGGCAUUUUUCCUAGAGCUAAGCUUGUGUCAGCUUACGGGAUGACUGAGACAUGCUCAUCAUUGACCUUCCUGAUGCUUUGCGAUCCAAUGGGAGAAACUUCUGUUCCACACUUCCAGAGUUAUGAGCAUUCAAAAUGUCGUUCAGUAUAUCAACCAGAGGGUGUUUGUGUUGGCAAGCCUGCCCCUCACAUAGAAAUAAAGAUUUCUUUGGAUGGUUCUUCUAAUGUUGGGAGAAUUUUAACAAGAGGACCACAUUUAAUGCUUAGGUACUAUGAUAAAAUUUCUGCAAGGCCAUCAAAUGAUGCCAAUGACGUUUGGUUUGACACAGGCGAUAUUGGCUCAAUAGAUGAUAAUGGUAAUCUGUGGCUUGUUGGACGAUCAAAUGGCAGAAUAAAAAGUGGUGGAGAGAACAUUUACCCCGAGGAGGGGAAUUCUUCUACUAGUUACACUAAUAUUGAUUCAUCUUGUGAAGUAGAUUACACAAAUGAGUUUACCACAAAUGAGAUAUUCAAAGGUCGAGAAGCUCUAAUUAAUUGGACACGAGAGGUUGGAAAGAGAAAGGGAUUGGUUAUAGUCAUAAAGACAUCUGAUGCAGGCGUGAAUGGUAGGAGGCCUAGAAUUUCUUUUGGGUGUGAGAGAAGUGGGAGAUAUAGAAGGAUGUCAAAAUUGGAAGUUUUAGGAGACAAAGGAGCACGCAAGCUUACUGGAACCAAAAAAUGUGGAUGCCCCUUUUUAUUGAAAGGACAAAAGUUGACCACUGAUGAUGAUUGGAUGGUAAAAGUAGUCUGUGGAAUACAUAAUCACGUUGCAAAUAAAAACAUGGAAGGACAUACAUUUGCAGGGAGGUUAUCGCAAGAAGAGAAUGAGAUUUUGAUGAACUUGUCUAACUCAUCAGUCCGUCCUAAAGAUAUAUUGAGUACAUUGAAGAGUCGUGAUGCUCAAAAUGCUAGCACAAUGAAGACUAUAUAUAAUGCUCGUCAUCGACAAAAGAGAGUUGAGAAGAAACAAAAACCAGAUAUGCAAGAACUUUUUGGUGAGUUAGCUACAUAACACUAAAUUGAGGUCCAGAAUUUUAUGAAUUGGUUGUGAGAGUGCUAGACAAGCCGUGUCUAUGAAAUGAGGGCCUCCCAUAAAUCUCGAGUCGAUUUAAGCUCACAAGCAUUGGACAAAUGUAGGUGGAGAGAAUUCUAUUGCAACAUCCGGGAGUUAAACGCUGUGUUGUGAUCGGCAUUCCUGACUCUCGUUUGACAGAGAAGACUGUGGCUUGUGUUCAAUUAGAAGAGGACUGGCAAUGGUAUGAAACCAAUCAUGAACUUCUUCGUGGAAAGAUUAAGCAGCAUCUAUCUAGUGCAAUUCUUCGUGAACAUUGCAUGAAAUGUAACUUAACUGG